AUGCCUCCAAGAUCCAUGAAAAAAUUCAUUGCUCUUCUUCUCCUCCUGAGCUCUUUGUUUUUAACCUCAGAAGCUCAUCCUCUGUAUGUUGCCAAGUCAAAUGGCUUUGGAAACAAAGAGACUGAGGUCUUCUUUAAAGGAUUGCACAUUAAAAAUGGAGGUCCUAGCCCCGGAGGAAAAGGGCACAAGUACAAUAAUGCUCUCAGUCUUGGAGGGAUCAAGAACUCUGGUCCAUCCACUCCUGGUCAGGGACACUAUUACACCACCAGUACUCAAACUCUUGGAGGGAUCAAGAACUCUGGUCCAUCAACUCCUGGUCAGGGACACCAUUACACCACUAGUACUCCUCAAAUUCUUGGAGGUAUCAAGUUCUCUGGUCCAUCUACUCCUGGUGAGGGACACUAUUACACUGCUAGCACUUCUCGAGCACUCGGAGGGAUCAAGCACACUGGUCCAUCUACUCCUGGUCAGGGACACUAUUACACUGCUAGCACUUCUCGAGCACUCGGAGGGAUCAAGCACACUGGUCCAUCUACUCCUGGUCAGGGACAUUAUUACAUCACUAGAGCUCCUCGAACACUCGAAGGAAUGAAGCACUCUGGUCCAUCAACUCCUGGUCAGGGACACUAUUACACUGCUAGCACUUCUCGAGCACUCGGAGGGAUCAAGCACACUGGUCCAUCUACUCCUGGUCAGGGACAUUAUUACAUCACUAGAGCUCCUCGAACACUCGAAGGAAUGAAGCACUCUGGUCCAUCAACUCCUGGUCAGGGACACUAUUACACCACUAGCAAUCCUCGAACAUUUGGAGGGAUCAAGCGCUCUGGUCCAUCUACUCCUGGUCAGGGACACUAUUACGCCACUAGCAAUCCUCCAACGCCCGGAAGGAUGAAGCGCUCUGGUCUAAGCGUUGGUGGAUCGAAAAACUGA